AUGGGAAGCAGUAGUGUUCCUAGCCUUCCAGAACGUCCAUGUUUCAAUGAUUGCACAAACGUUCCUGCAAGUGGAGAUUUACUAACUAGGUCGAAGGACUUGGAAUCAAAUCACAGUACUGCUGCACUUGCAAUAAUUCCAAAUUCUUCUAAAGCAUCAAGACAGAGCAGCCUACAGGGAUGGACUGCAAGUGGAGAUGGUGGCAUUUUUCUCCCUGAUAUUCCAAAGUGGUUUGCGUAUGUCAGAAAGAGUGAGCUAGUCUUUUUUCAAGUGCCUCAAGUUAUUGGUUGCAAUUUAGAGGCUUUUAUUGUGUGCGCAGUUUGUUCUUCUUCGUUCAACGAGCACGUAUCUCCAACUGGUAUUUCCAUUUUUGUUACAAAUUACACCAAGCUCAUUAACUUUGCUGUCCGGCCAGAUCAUCUCACUGAAAUAACUUCAGAUGAAGUGGUUUGGCAGGUAAAUCUGUCAAACAAAGACUUCAAUUUGGAAGGUGGUGACUUUGUUGAGGUUGAAGCUGUAACUGGAUCAAGUUUCACUGUAAAGAAUACAGGGGUCGGUCUAGUAUGGGAUCCCAAACUUGUCAAUGAAAAUAAGAUAGAGAGUGAGCCUAUCCCAUAUGAGUGUGAGUCAUCACUUCGUCCUGCCGCUUCAUUUGAUCAUGACUUAUCUGAUGAGAACCGACCUUCACAAACGUCGAGGCAGGAGCAACAGCCCAUGAGACUGCAAGUACACCAGCUCAAAAGUGGCUCAAGCUCACAAGCAAAACCCAAAGUCAGACGUCGCAAUCCUUGCAGUUGUUGGUGGUAGUUUUCUAGGGUUCUUCCUUAAGGUAGAAAAAUAUAAGAUUAGCUGAUUGGUACAUAGCUCUUGUAUUAACCGAGCUCAUUUUGAUGAAAAUCACAUCCACCCCAACCAAAAGGCACAUGUCCUAGCUUGGAGGCUGACUAGAAAAAUUAGCAUUUCCUAUAAUGAAUUGUUAUGAUGCUAUAUUGAUGUGAUUGAAAUGACCAGUGAGUUAUUGGUUUUACUUCUCCUUGCCAUGUGGAAACUUCAAGACAAAAGAUCUGUGGGUAAAUUUGUUCCUGAAAAUUGAGAUAGCUAGAAAUUCAUUCCUUAUGCGCAUUCUGCUAAAAUAGAAGUAUACUGCAAGACAAUAUGUUUCUAGCGCACCCUAAAUUCAAUGAGUUUCAAGUUCCUUUUGUAAUCAA